AUGGGUCUCGCCUUCGACCUCGUACCUGACCCUCAUCAUCUCACCCUCCGUUUCCAUGUCCACCUAUCUAUCCUCUUGGAUCCUCUCAUUUCUAUAUUGCCAAGACGUGUUUAUACAUUGUGCACGGUACUUCAUAAAAGUGAAAUUCCUGCCUCAUCUCACUGCCCCCUCAGGCUCCUGGUGCCUACUCUGUACAGAAUGAAGGCAACACGCCGACAGGCCAACAAGGCAGCACAUGGCCAGGCGGCUACUGGGCGCAAAACGGCUCUUCCAUCGCCUCUUCGUGGGGGCUGA